AUGUCGCCGAAGCAGCAGUUACAGUCGCACAACCAGCUCGUCGCACGGCUCCAGUCGCCCUCCGCCGACCCCGCCUCCCUUCCGCCCUCUUUCCUCAAAUACCCCAUCUCACAUCUCCGCGCCAAGAAUGUCACCAUCCCCGCGGAUUUCUUCUGCCCCAUUUCGCUCGACAUCAUGCGCGACCCGGUCACCGUCGCGUCGGGGCGGACCUACGAGCGCGCCGAAAUCGAGCGAUGGUUUCGCGAAGGAAAUCGCUACUGUCCGGUUACUCGCUGCGCGCUCGAGGAGCUGCAUGUCGCCCCCAACAAAUCUCUUCGCAGCAUCAUUUCCGCCUGGUGCCUCGGACACGGCAUUCGCCUCUCUCCCACCCCCUCCGCCGGCGGCGGCGGCGGCGGCGGCGGUGGAGGAGGGCACGCAAAGGGUAACAGCGGAGAACUUACUCAAAAUGCCGGUGGCGGAAAGCCUGGCGGGGACGCGGGCUCCGCGCAUCCCACCAUUUCCCCGCGCGGGGUGCUGACCCCCCGCAGCGACUCGUACAGUGCCCGCGGAGAGCAGCGUGCGGACCAGAACCCGCGCGCCGAGCGCUCCGCAUCGCGCGGGGAGUCAUUCCCCGCGCGGCCCCUGACUGGGGACAGCUACGAGGCGUCUCAAAGGUCCGCGCGCCCGCUGUCGGGGGAGCGCCACGCGGAGCCUUACUCCGCCCGCCCAGCCUCGGGGGAGCGGCACCAGCGGCGCGGGAGCGUGUCAUCCGACCGGGAAAGCGGAAACCUCAGCAGCGGCGGAAGCAGCACCACCAGCGGCGCAAGCAGCGGCAGCAUCAGCAUCGUGUCGAACAGCAGCGCCAGCAGCGGCGGGGGCGGCGGGAGAGCAGGCGGAGGGGGAGGCGGAACCGGAACCAGCGGAAAUAAUUUCUGGCGCAGCGCGUCGUCUUCCGAUCGUCCGCUUUGCCCCAUCUGGCCCGUGUCGUCCCCGCUCGCCUCCCCCACGCACUCCCCCACCCGCGCCGGCGCGGCGCUCAGUCCCUCCUCCGCCUUACCUGGCGGCGGUAGCAGCAACCCCCUGCUUAGCCCCACGCAUCCCGGCUUUAGUCCGACUUACCCCGCUGUUAGUCCGACGCACCGCGGCGCCGCGCACAGCCCCACUAGCUCCAUGCAGCUGAGCCCCACGCGCGCGCCGCUCAGUCCGCUGCCCGCGUAUCUCGGCGCGGGCGACGGCGCGCACGACUCGUGGAACGACUGGAACCACUACCCGGGCCGCGACGAGUGGAGCGGCCCGCAGCCGCGCCGCGUCGACUGGUCCGGGCCGCAGCCGCGCCAAGCGUCGCGAACCGGCGGGGCUGCGGCAGCGGGGGGAGGCCGGGCGGGGUCAGGAGGAGGAGGGGGAGCGGGAGGGGGGAAAUCGGCCGGCGGGAAAGUGGGGCCCAGCGGGCGGGGGGCUCUAGGGCCGGCGGGUGGGGGAAUUGGCGGAGCAGGUGCGCGGGCGGGGGCCCAGGGGGGCGUCGGGGGCGGCGGAAGCAGCCAGCAGCAGCAGGUGGUGGCAGCGGCGCAGCAGCGGUUCUUCUCGGAGCGGCUCGACCGGCACCAGCUGGCGCUGCUUGCGGCGUGGGACGACGACAGCGACGCGGAGGGGGGCGGCGGCGGGCGAGAGGGGGAGCGGGAGCGGGAGAGAGAGAGGGAAAGGGAGCGCGAGCGGGAACGGGAGAGGGAGCGGGAGAGGAGCAGCCAGCAGGUUUUGGCGUAUUUGGCGCACAGCAGGAGCGGCAGCAGCGGCGGCGGCGGCGGUAGCGGGGGAGGAGGGGGAGGGGGCGGGGGCGGGGGCGGGGGCGGGGGCGGGGGCGGGCGGAACGCGCUGAGCAAUGCGGGGAAAAGCUACAGCAUGGGCGAGCCCGUGUCGCUCGUCCCCAGCUCCGCGCCAAUGGCUGUUGGUGGUGCUGGCGGCGCUAGCUCCGGAAGCAGAGACGCUAGAAUCGCGUAUGGCAGGUCGGUCUCGUCGAACCGCCUCUCCUCGCCGCAACUUGCGGGGAUCAGCAGCAGCGGCGCUGCUGAUGCAGCUGCGGCUCGGGUGGACCAGGAGGAACAGGUUCGGGCCAGGCUUCCGGACCUAAUUCGGCAAAUGUUGGGCGGCAGUGCGGGCGGCAGCAGCGUCGGCACCGAGGCGCCUUCAACGUUCCUAACCAUACAGCGGCGCAGGGCGGCCGAGGAGGUUCGGCACCUGGUUCGGGACUCCCGAGGCAACCGGGCAGCCGUGGUGGCAGCAGCGGGGGGGCGGGCCAUCCCGGCCCUGCUCUCUCUCUUCCCAUGCGGGGAUCCCGAUACUGUAGAGCACGCGGUUACCGCCAUUCUCAACCUCUCUCUCUCCUCCUCCACUCACUCCCAUCUCAUCUCCCACGGCGCUAUCCCCCGUCUCGUGACUAUAGUGACAGCUGGCAACAGAGACACGGGCAUGAACACCGGGGCGGCAGACCCGGACAUGCCGCCGAGCCUCUCGCCUCGCUCCGUCUCCCGAACCGCCCGGGAAAACGCCGCUGCGGCCCUCUUUGCGAUCUCGGCGUCGUCCGAAGCGAAUAAAAUCCUGGUGGGGUCGACGCCAGGUGCCGUGACGGGAUUGGUUGCCAUGCUCGCCGUCUCCUCCUCCCCCUCCGGCUCCCCCAACUCCAUCCGCAGCCGAAAAGACGCUGCCCUGACCCUCUUCAACCUCUCAUUGGCCGAGAAAAACCGGGCAGCAAUAAUUUCCGCCGGGGCAGUUCCCCUAUUGGUGGAAAUGCUGCAGGAGUACGGGUCCGGGCUGGAGGAAAAAGCCACGGCUGUGCUGGUGAACCUGGGGAAAACCGGGCGGCUGGGGCGGGCGGCGAUCCGGGCGGCGGGCGGGAUACCGCUAUUGGUGGAGGCUAUGGAGUGUGGGUCGGAGAGAGGGAAAGAGGACGCUGUUGCGGCGCUGCUGAUGCUGGCUGAGGACCCGGCAUUGAGGGAUGAGAUCGCUGCUGAGGGUGUUCUGCCUACACUGGGGGCACUGCAACGGUGUGGGACACCAAGGGCUCGAGUGAAGGCAAUGGAGUGUGGGUCGGAGAGGGGCAAGGAGGAUGCGGUGGAGGCGCUGCUGAUGCUGGCAGAGGAUCCGGUGCUGCGAGAUGAAAUCGCAGGGGAGGGGGUGCUGCCGACUCUGGGAGCGCUGCAACUGUGUGGCACUCCGCGAGCAAGGGUGAAGGUGCUGAUGUGUGAGGGGUGGGGAAGGUUGCUGGCAGGUGGUAAUACGGAGAAUUCUCAAAACCCACCUGCAAGCAACGUGAGGGCUGAAGGUGCUGUUGCAACGUGGCAGCAUCAACUCGUCGUUACACAAGCGUUUCUUCUACCAGAAAGAUAA